CAUGUUCUAAGCAGAGAGUGAAGGAAGAAGCGAUUACGUUAAGAGAUAACACGCAGGAGACGUUGAUAAAGGAGGAAAUUGAAGUUACAAAUUGCGGUAAAGAACGAAAUGCUGUACUCGAGGAAUACAGACGACGCGUGUUAGAACGAAAGACGGAACUCGAACGGUUGGAAAAGAUGAUAUUCCAUUCGCGUUCUCGAGACGAUUUUGACACACGUGGGAAAAGUGGCGUGGUGUCCACAGAGGACAUUACCAAGGACGAGGUGACACGACUGGAGGAGGCGUUCUCCAAGCUUCGCAGCGCGACCGGAGUGUCCAGGACCGAGGACGUUCUGAACCGGUUUCUGGGUCAGCGGGCGACCAAGGAUAAUUUACAGAAAAUGCGACUGGCCACGGAGCAAGAGAAAAUGGCGUUAGAAAAGCAAAGACAACGGCUCCUCGCCGAAAUGGAAACGAAAAAGUUCUCGGAAACGAAGAACGCGGAACAAAACGCGGAAGAAGUAGAAACGUUGAACGGUCAGAUCGGUGAGCAACGAUCGCGUCAAUUAAAGGCAGAAACGGAAAGACAAAGGAUCGAGGAUCUUCUACGAGAAAUAACUACCACGUUGUGGAACGUAUGCAAUAAGUUUCGAGAUAUAAUUGAUACCUUGCCUGAGGAGCCGAGCGAAAUCGAAAAUCCUUUGGAACUGAUAGAUUUGAUGAAUGAAAAAUCGAAGAGCAUAAUUGAUACCUUAGGAGGGCCAGAUAAGUACCUCGAAGUAUUGAACGAAGUUGUAAUUGAUAAGGUGGAAACGGUAUCGAUGACAACGACAUCGGCAGAGGGAAAAGUAGCACGUUCGAAUGGAGGAGGACCGCUUUUUCCACGAUUUCCAUCUUCAACAAUACCAGCAAUGAUACUUUCGGAAGAAGAAGAAGAGAUACCAACUAGGAACACUCUUAAAAAACAAGCACAACAGUUGGUUGACAUAAAGAGCCGCCGAAAAGGAUUCACCUUUAGAAGAUAAAUCUGGCUGUACUUAU